UUUCAAGUCCAAAAAUCCCUCCUUUGCCUUGCCAUAAUCCAUCUCUUCCUAUCCCCAAAUCAAAUCUCUUUCCAAAACUAUACCUAAAAAGCUUUCCCAUUUUAUCUCUACUUCAACUCUUCUCAUUUCCAUUGGAUCGAUUGCGUCGUCACCAGCUUCUUCUCUCGUUAGGGUUUUUUUCUUUUCUUUCGGGGGUGCUGUUUCCCUUCAACGAGCGGGGAUCUUUUGCUGUCUCGUUAUUUUUUAAUUUUUUUUCUCGGUAUGGACUAUGAAGUUUGCGAUAGUAGUGGUACUGAUGAUGAUCUACCUCCACAUCCAACUAGAGUUCCUAUAAGGGGUAGUAUUGCUGGGAAUGGAAGAUCUGUCAUAGGUUCUGCUUCGUAUUCUAGGAUGCAUUCUGACAUGGAGACCCAAAUACAUAUACUAGAGCAAGAAGCUUAUUGUGCUGUUCUGCGUGCCUUUAAAGCUCAAUCUGAUGCCAUUACUUGGGAAAAAGAAGGCCUGAUAACAGAACUUAGGAAAGAAUUGAGGGUGUCGGACUAUGAGCAUAGAGAGCUUCUGACCAAGGUUAACUCUGAUGAUAUUAUCAGAAGGAUAAGGGACUGGAGACAAACUGGUGGAAACCAGCUUGUAAGACUUGGUGCAUCUCAUACUGUCCACAGUGUUUUGCCCAGUCCAACUGUUUCUGCAUCCCGCAAGAAACAGAAGACAUCUCAGUCGGGUCAGUCAUUGCCUGGCUUAUCAUCCGCAAAGCCUAUGCAUUACCCUGCAAAUGAGCGUGGUGAAGGAGCAACUUUUGAUCCCUUAAUUGGAAGGAAAGUGUGGACAAGAUGGCCUGAGGACAACCAUUUCUAUGAGGCUGUAAUCACUGAUUACAAUCGAUCUGAGGGUCGACAUGCUCUGGUUUAUGAUAUAAAUACGGCAAAUGAGACUUGGGAAUGGGUUGAUCUCAAAGAGAUUUCUCCGGAUGACAUCAGAUGGGAUGGUGAGGACCCGGGCAUAUCUUAUCGAGGUGGCCAUAGUUUCCAUAGAGCUAAGAAAUCCUUCAGUCAUGGUGCUCCUGCUCCAGGUCCUGGCAGAGGCAGAGGUUCAGUGAAGGGUCUAUACAGAAAAGAAUCUUUGCUGUUGCAGAAUGGUAUUUCAAAGAAACUUUCUGAUGAUAUUGAGUUGUUAAACACAGAGGCUCUAGUAAAGGAGGUUGAGAAGGUUUUCGAUGCUAGCCAUCCGGAUCCCCAUGAACUUGAGAAGGCAAAGAAGAUGCUGAAAGAACAUGAACAAGCUCUCAUUGAUGCCAUUGCGAGGCUUGCCAAUGCAUCUGAUUGUGAAAGUGAUGGAGAACAGCUGUGCUCUCGUGGGCAACCGAUGGAGCAGCAGGCAGCAAUCACUGUGAGAGUGGAUUAUUUGGAAAAAGACUUGCAAGGUUGCAUCCAGAGUUUGUAGAAACCAAAUUGCAAUAGAUAACUAGUUGAUCUUUUCUUACACUUCUAUUUGUUGUGGAUUUUUCUUUGCAUCUGGUUCCUUGUUGGAUAGAAAGUUGCCACAAUCUUGUAAGUGGAUCACUUCCCAAACACAACUCUUCAAAUUUAGCUCCCUCCAUGAUAAUCUGGAAUGUAAAAUUAUCCUGGCAGUCUUCAAUGUAGAAAUUUUGGA